AUGGCCGAUAGCCCCACGAACCCUCAUCCUCUACCAGAAACACCUCAUAUUCGAAUCAAUUCGGGCCGACAUGAACCCCCCGGCGAUGUGGAGGAUACCGAAACGUCGGCCCCGCAGACACAGACCGCUGGACGCGCCUUGACACCAGGAAUAGUUCACUCAAAUUCCUCCGGGACAAUGCAGUCAGUCUAUAGAUUAUCUCAGGCCCGGGAAUCUACCGAGUUUCUAAUACCUCCACCGCCGCACCGGCGCCGGGAGGAAUAUGACAGUAUGCAGUCCCCAAAUAUUUCCGUGGUCUCGUCGCGUAGGACAAGUUGGAGUUCGAUGGGAGCGAGUCAGGAUACUCGAAAUUACGCGUAUACGCAGGUAGGGGACUCCAGAGCGCCGUCGCAAACGGGAAGCGAGGACAAUGAUGUCAAUACGCAGACUGUCUCCGAGAAGUUCAAUAUCAUGCCCAUGGAAGGAUUGCUCUUGUUCCCAGAAGAUGUGGAGAAAGAUGAUUAUUUACACAAUCCCGACGCCAGCGACGGAGAGAAGGACUGUGAUAUUUGGAAUCGUCGCGGGAUGAUCAAUGUGGGUGGGCUGAUUCUGUUGACACUGGGUUUCCUGAUGUUAUUUGUCGGGUAUCCUGUGAUAACUGCCGUGAAGGGCAUGUACAAGCAACAUUCGGUCUGUGCUGCGGGAGACACUCUAUGCCUUGAUGUAGGGGAACGACCAGUACUCUCCAACAUACGGACAGGUCUGAUAGAUCCGGACACACCGGCCUCGGCUAUGAAAAAGAAGGCUACGGAUGGCAAAGAGUGGGAGCUGGUGUUCUCCGAUGAAUUCAAUGUGCCUGGUCGGACGUUUUACGAUGGAGAUGAUCCAUACUAUCAGGCGGUUGACAUUUGGUAUGGCGUCACGCAGGAUUUCGAGUGGUAUGAUCCCGAUGCGGUUACGACAAAGGAUGGAGUCCUCGAGCUGAGGUUUGACGCCUUCAAUAAUCAUGCCUUGAAGUAUCGCUCGGGAAUGGUGCAAAGCUGGAAUAAGCUUUGCUUCACGGGCGGCCGCUUGGAAGCCAGUAUUUCUUUGCCAGGAUCUGGGGAUGUGUCAGGAUUUUGGCCCGGGUUUUGGGCAAUGGGCAACCUAGGCCGUCCGGGAUAUGCGGCAACGACGGAUGGCAUGUGGCCCUACAGCUACCACGAUAAAUGCGAUGCCGGGAUCACUCCGAACCAAAGUUCCCCCGAUGGAAUCAAUUAUCUUCCUGGGAUGCGCCUUCCAGCAUGCACGUGUGAUGGUCAAGAUCACCCUAGCCAGGGUAGAUCCAGGAGUGCACCUGAGAUUGAUGUGAUUGAAGCCAGCGUUAUCUCUUUGAACGGUAACGGUAAUGCAGUGAUCGGCUCUGUGUCCCAAAGUUUGCAGAUGGCCCCGUUUGAUGUCUGGUACAUGCCGGAUUAUGAUUUCACCGCAGUAUAUGAUCCAACAAUAACGGAGAUCAAUGACUAUCGUGGUGGUGAAUUUCAGCAAGCCAUGUCUGGUCUUACCAACUUGAAUAACAAGUGGUAUAACGGCACAGAAUACCAGACUUAUGCCUUUGAAUAUUCACCGGGUGGUGAUGGUAGCGUCACCUGGUUUGUCGGAGAGGAUAAGACCUGGACUCUGGAUGGGAGGGCGAUAGGGCCGAAUGGCAACAUUGGCCAGCGCAUGAUCCCCAUGGAGCCGCUAGCCAUUGUGAUGAAUCUGGGUAUGGCCGAGAGUUUUGCCCCGAUUAACAAGUCCAUUAGAAACCUUAUGCCCGGGUACAUGCGCUUCGAUUAUAUCCGUAUCUACCAAGAUCCGGACAACAUCAGCGUCACCUGCGAUCCGCCAGGUUAUGAGACGACAGAAUACAUAGCCAACCAUCCCAACGCAUAUAACAAUGUGAAUAAGACUACGUGGACCGAUGCUGGAUAUGAAUGGCCUAAAAACUUCUUCAUGCAUGGCUGCUAG